AUGUCCGCUAUAAGAAACUUGAAAAAUAAUUUUACUAAAGUGAAUGAUGAUGCUCUAGGUCUAGAUGACUCUCUAUCAAUUAGUUUUGAAGGCAUUUCUCCAGAAAAGGAGAAAGUUGUAAAAGAGGAUCACAAUAAAAUUAGGAAGAGAAAAAUAUCAUCUCAUAAAAAUGAUGAAGACAAAACUGAUUUAGCCGAAGUUUUGGAUAUAUUUAAAGAAAAUAUAUCCAAACAAAUUGGCACCAAACAGAAAAGGAUUGAAAAUUGGACUCAAACAUUAUAUAAUAAUUUUGAACACAAGGCUCAACAAAAUUCGAAAAUUCAGAGCGAGGAAAGAAAUAAAAUACUUGAUGGUUUUAAGGAAAGAAUGGACAAUACCUUUAUGGGAUGGGAAAAGGAUAAUAACAAUCUUAAAGAGCAUUUAGAGAAGACUGAAAAAUAUUUAUUGCAACAAAUUCAGUUAAUUCAUCAACAAAGAUCUUGUCAAAUUAAAAAUUUAAAAGUUCUAAAAGAUACUAGUCAAGCAUUUCUUAAAGAUUUUCAUGAAUUAGAAAAUACUCAUAAUAGCCAAAGGGCGAAUCUUAUGAACGAAAUGAAACAAGAAAUGGAUAAAAUUUACGAAAAAAUUAUGAAUAAAACGGUAAAAGAACUUUUAAACAAUAUAUAA